AUGGAGAGGGCGGCCCAGGGCGCGGACGGCGGCGGCGGCGGGGGCAGCCACAGCAGCAGCCGCAGCAGCAGCCGCGCCACCUCGGCGGGCUCCUCGCCCUCCUGCUCGCUGGCGGGCCGGGGCAUCUCGGGCCGCUCCGCGGCGGUGGCCGGGCUCGGCGGCGGCGGGGGCAGCCGCAGCAGCCCGGGCUCGGUGGCCGCCAGCCCGUCCGGGGGAGACGGCGGCCGCCGGAGGGAGCCGGCGCUCGAGGGCGUGCUCAGCAAGUACACCAACCUCCUCCAGGGCUGGCAGAACAGGUACUUUGUGCUGGACUUCGAGGCUGGCCUCCUGCAGUAUUUCGUGAAUGAGCAAAGCAAGCACCUGAAGCCCCGAGGAGCCCUGUCUUUAUCUGGAGCCAUAGUGUCCCUGAGCGACGAAGCCCCCCACAUGCUGGUCGUGUACUCUGCCAACGGGGAGAUGUACAAGCUGAGAGCUGCUGAUGCAAAAGAGAAACAGCUCUGGGUGACUCAGCUGCGUGCUUGUGCCAAAUACCACAUGGAAACAAAUUCUAAGACUACUCCAAGCUCCCGAAGCCGAAGUCUCACUUUGCUCCCCCAUGGAACACCCAAUUCUGCGUCUCCCUGUAGCCAGAGACACCUCGGUGUGGGGGCCCCCGGUGUUGUCACAGUCACGCAUCACAAGUCGCCUGCAGCUGCCCGAAGAACCAAGAGUCAGUAUUCCGGCCAGCUCCACGAAGUCAGAGAGAUGAUGAACCAGGUGGAAGGCCAGCAGAAGAACCUGGUGCACGCCAUCGAGUCUCUGCCGGGUUCCGGCCCCCUCACUGCCUUGGACCAGGAUCUUCUGCUCCUGAAAGCUACCUCCGCUGCCACCCUCAGCUGCCUUGGGGAGUGCUUCAACUUGUUGCAGCAGAGUGUGCACCACGUGGGCCAGGCCAGCCACAAGCCAGUGGCCUCAGAAAACAUCCUGGGAUGGCCCGGGCCCAAGUCACAUUCCACAGAGCAGCUGAAAAAUGGGACAUUUGGCUCUUUGCCAUCCGCCAGUGCCAACAUAACCUGGGCAAUCUUACCCAACACUGCUGAAGAUGAACAAGCCUUACAGCCAGAGCCGAACUCAGGCCCUGAAUUGGUUUUGUCCGAAGAUGAAAAAAGUGACACUGAAGACAAGGAAGAGGCAGAACUGGGCGUCAUGGAGGAUCAGCGCAGUGUAAUUCUCCAUCUCAUCUCGCAGCUCAAACUUGGAAUGGAUUUGACCAAGGUGGUGCUCCCCACGUUCAUCCUGGAGAAGCGGUCUCUGCUGGAGAUGUACGCGGACUUCAUGGCGCACCCCGACCUGCUGCUGGCCGUCGCCGCGGCGGCCACGCCGGAGGAGAGGGUCAUCUGCUUCGUGGAGUAUUACCUCACCGCCUUCCACGAGGGCCGCAAGGGGGCCCUGGCCAAGAAGCCUUACAACCCCAUCAUCGGCGAGACGUUCCACUGCUCCUGGGAGGUGCCCAGGGACAGGGUCAGGCCCAAGAGGACCGCCCCCCGCUCGCCUCCCGGCCACGAGCGCCUGAUCGCCGACGACCCCGGGGAGAGCUACAAGCUGCGGUUUGUGGCCGAGCAGGUGUCCCAUCACCCGCCCAUCUCCUGCUUCUACUGUGAGUGCAAGGAGAAGAGACUGUGCAUCAACACGCACGUAUGGACCAAAAGCAAGUUCAUGGGCAUGUCCGUGGGGGUCUCGAUGAUCGGAGAAGGUGUGCUGAGGCUCCUGGAACACGGGGAGGAGUACGUGUUCACCCUGCCCAGUGCCUACGCCCGCUCCAUCCUCACCAUCCCCUGGGUGGAGCUCGGAGGGAAAGUCAGCAUCAACUGUGCCAAGACCGGGUACUCCGCGACCGUGAUAUUCCACACGAAGCCCUUCUACGGAGGGAAGGUCCACAGGGUCACGGCAGAGGUGAAGCACAACCCGACCAACACCAUCGUCUGUAAAGUCCACGGGGAGUGGAACGGCACCUUAGAGUUCACCUACAACAAUGGAGAGACCAAGGUCGUGGACACGACCACGUUGCCAGUGUGCCCCAAGAAGAUCCGCCCCCUGGAGAAGCAGGGGCCCAUGGAGUCCAGGAACCUCUGGCGGGAGGUGACCCGCUACCUGCGGCUGGGGGACAUCGAUGCCGCCACCGAGCAGAAGCGGCGCCUGGAGGACAAGCAGCGGUUGGAGGAGCGGAAGCGGGAGAACCUCCGCACCCCGUGGCAGCCCAAGUACUUUAUCCAGGAGGGUGAUGGCUGGGUCUACUUCAAUCCCCUGUGGAAGGCACACUGA